CCUGCUGCAGACCCACCGCCGUCACCCGCUCCGUUCCCAGUCCGAGACAGAUCCAGGCCAUGCCGACCACAAUCCGAGCGAGCAGAAAGUUCCUGCUUCUGGUCCCCGUCGUCGUAAUGCUCAUCGUUGUUGCUGUGAUGGUCAUGUCGGAAGACUUUGAUCCCCGCAGCAGCUUCUUUGGGCAGCAGUCCUACGACCGCCAGGCCGAUGAAAACGACCAAGGCCGCCAGCACCGGCACGGCGACCACCAGCAGCAUCACCACGACCACCAUGGAGCCUACAACCACGGCUCGAACAACCCUGUCCCUCCCGUCCCACCGAGCUACCAAAUCCCCGACGACCCUCAGUUCUAUCGCUCCCAGAGCGGCCAAGACAGAUGGAUCCUCAAGUGGUUCCAGAACGCCACGCAGACCCGUAUUCCUUUUGCCGGAAAGGGCGUCUUCAUCGAGUUUGGUGCUCGCGAUGGCCUGGACGACUCCAACACCUAUCUCUUUGAGUCGUCCUUCGGCUGGCGUGGCAUCUUGGCCGAAGCCAUCCCCCAGGAGCAAAAGUCGAUCAUGGUCAACCGACAGAACUCUGCUGUCGUCGACGCCGGCAUCUGCAACACUGGCAAGGCUCAGUUCUAUGCCCUGGACAAGGCCAGCGGAUGGAACGGCAUCGUCGACUCGUACGAUCAACAGCGCAAGGACAAGAUCGAUACAGUGGCCUCCAAGAUCGAGGUGUUUUGUGUCCGUCUCGACACCCUCGUCGAGUACUUUGGCCUCCGCCGGGUCAACUACAUGUCUGUCGACACCGAGGGCUCGGAGCUGUCGUCCCUCAUGACCUUCCCGUGGUCCAAAGUCGUGGUGGAUCUGGUUGGCGUCGAGAUCCUCGUCGGUUCCGAGCCCGGCAGAGCCGAGAACCGCCAGCAGAUCAUUUCGUUCAUGGGCCGCAACGGAUAUGAGCCUGUGCAUGAGUUCACCGUCGGAGGCGACACCCACGACCUGUUCUUUGCCCCUGGGCCACACCGGUCGCAUCCCGCUCCAAUCGUCUCCGACAGCGACUUGUUCAUGGACCAAAGCCAUUUUCUGGAACAGCGUCGCAUGUGCCAGCUGCUUGGUCGCUGCCUCUAGUGAUGCGAUCUGACACUGGAAGUGUCGUCGUCGAUAGAAUCGGUUCUCGAUUUCGGUUGGAACAUAGAUGACAAACGCAUGUGGCUAUGGCCAUAGAUAGGACGCAUGCCCCCCUUUCUGAACACUCCCAAACUCAGCUGCAAUCAAUCGCACCCUCGCCAUCUGAAUAUAGCCUGCUUGAGCGCAUGUACGUCUCAUUCAGAAAACAAACGGGACACCACGCCCGCUUCCAUGAACAUGUAGUAUGUGAUGAGCUUGCAUCAAGCUAUAAAUAAACAGAUCACUUUGGCAGCC